UGUCUCGCUUUGAUAUGCAACCGUUUUGAGUCGCUUCUCGAUAUGCGACCAAACAAUAAGUUGUUUUUAUUCUAGAGCGUUCAAUUAAAAAUGUUUUUUUUUUUAAUUGUAGGUCCGAUCAUCACGAGAGACAAAAGGUUUCUCGGUAUACAUUCAUUGUCAAUUCCUUCCCACCGACUUCCCGAAGUUGGUGUUUUGAUUCCUGCAUACCGUGCUUGGAUUGCAAAUCCUUGGGAAUUAAAAACACAAGCAACUGCUGAUGGCAAAUUAAUUUAUAAUAUUCAAGUUCAUAAGUUCAUGGUUGCUUUACAAUAUACGAAGGGUUAUUCUGAUGUUCGGCAUACAUGUGGUGCUACAAUCAUCUCAAACUCCAAAAUAUUAACAUCCGCCAGAUGUGUAUAUGGCACUCGUUCGAUAACCUUGUUGCUAGCAACUAUAAAUUCCGAUGAGCCCUAUUACUCAAUCAAUGUCAGUGAUGAACAAGUCUUCGUUCAUCCAGAUUAUGACGAAGAUACUUUUGCAAAUAAUAUAGCGGUGCUUGAAAUACCAUUAAAAUUCAGUUCAAAAGUAGGUAAAAUUGAUAUGAUCGAGAAAACUUCAUUGGCAAGCAUAAAGCCAUGCGCUGACGUACUUAUGUAUGGAUACAUGGAAUCUAACAGCCCCAAUCGAACUUAUACAGAAACUCAUUUACGUUCAAUUGACACAAAACUUGCCAAUUUUAGCGUAUGUCAAGAUAUAUACUCUGGAUAUGUUAAUUUAGAUAAAGAAAAACAAUUCUGUUUGCAAUCUGUUGAACAGUGUUCCGGAGGUCCGAUUUUAACAAAAUCCAAAAAACUUCUCGGCAUCAUUUCACAUUCAACGAAUGGAUUGCCUGAUGUCGGCACUUCAGUUGUUGGACAUCGGAAAUUCAUCAACAACCCAAGGAACUUUCGUCCAGGCAGCACCGCAGGUGGGUCAGGAGGACAAACAAGUGUCCCGAGUAGACAGACAAGCAGAUCAAGUGGAUCAAAUGUACCGAGCAGCUCGGGCAGUCAAACAACAGAAAACGAGUUGGUUCGGAAAAUUGAAGACAAUAAGUACACGGCGGCACUCUUGUACAAAGAUGAUAUUAACGGUGACCGUUAUUUGUGUAGUGCGACAAUCAUAACAAAUUACAAAGUAUUGGCCGCGGCCCAUUGCUUGCAUAACAAAUAUUCAGUGACUUUAGAACUUGGUACACUCGAUACAGAUAUACAGUAUUCCACCGUGAAUGUUAGCACACAAGAAAUAUUUGUGCAUCCUCAAUAUAGCGCAGAUCCAAUUUAUGUCAACGACAUCGCUGUAAUUUUACUGAAGAAAGCGUUGAAGUUUGAUUCAAAGAUUGGCAAAAUUGAUAUGGUCGAUAAAAAGUACGUAAUCGAUACGGACGAUAAAGUGACGUUAUUAGGUCAUUCCAAAGGUUAUUUACGAUAUUUUAAUUCCACGAUUGCCGGUUUUGUCGGGUGUCGCCGUUCAUAUUGGGAAAAGAACAAUGAUAACCCAUGGUUGGAAGAAGAUCGACAAUUUUGUGUUACAGUACAUGAUGGAGAAGAAAAUAUUGGAACUGGGUAUUCGGGUGGGCCCGUUGUAACCGCCGGAGGAAAAUUAAUUGGGAUAUUUAGUUACGAUUUCAAUUCGCUGCCCGAAGUGUGUACUUCAGUUAUUGGACACCGCUCAUUCAUUGACGAUCCAAAAGGAUUUUGUGUGAGUGAUACUGAAACAGGUAGAUCAAAUAUACAAACGGGAGUUUCAAGCAGACCAACGGGUGGAUCGAGCGGCAGUUCAAGUGGCGGUUCGUCAGUCACACAGGCUUCGAACUCAAAGUUGGUGGAUAAAAUUGAAGAUUAUAAGUUUGUAGCGGCGAUAAUAUCCACAAAAAGUGGUUCGGGUAGUCGAAUUGUUUGCGGUGCGACCGUAGUAUCGAGCUUUAAAGUGAUGACUGCUGCCUCUUGCGUCAUAGAUACAGAAGCAGUUGCUUUGAUAGCUGGUGCCUUAAAUUCAGAAGAACCCCAUCAAACGGUGAACAUCACUGGGAAAGAAAUCAUCAUUCACCCAGGACACAAGGGAAUAGCAAUGAUCCAAUUAAAAUCAUCUUUAAAGUUUGGCACCAAAAUUGGUAAAAUUGAUCUGGUUAACGUUGAUUAUAAACCAAAAGAUGCAGAAGAUGUCAACAUUUUUGGUUAUUUGGACAAUCGAUUACAUUUUAUCAAUACAACAAUUCAUGAUUUUGUCGCAUCAAGAAACAACGAUGAUCCGAAGGAGGAUUCACAAUUUUAUAUUAGUUCCAGCACCACUGAUAAUAGACAAAAUAGACAAUAUGCUGGAGGUCCGGUUACAACCAAUGGAAAGGUGAAAAAACUUAUUGGUAUAAUGUCAUAUGGCAGCGAUGGGUUGCAGCCAGUUUGUACCUUAAUCGAAGCUUCGAAAUAUCGUGAAUUCAUUUUGAAUCCCAGAAUCUAUGCAAUGAAAUAUCGACAGAAGAAUUAAAUCUUUAUUUUCACACAAUGAAAAAAAUAUAAUAAAUUUCAAAAAAAAGUUGUUUAUUUUAA